AUGCUACCGUCAUUCGUCAUUGUGUCAUAUUUCAUAUUCUGCUCCUUUGUUUCUGCUCUUCCACAAGCGGCUACCAAACCACCCAAAGGCGCUGCAACCAUACAGAAGGUCGACGUCGAUGCCCCAGACGUGGAUACCGAGGGAAGCGGAUGUCGUGCCGGCUCAGUUGGAGUCUUCAUAUCGGAGGACAACAAUUUUAUGACUCUGAUUUUCGAUGAUUUCCAGGCUGCGAUUGGCCCCAAAGCAGGCAGCACUAAGAAAAGAGCGUUCUGCAGGGUCAAUGUGACCAUGGCGUCACCAGGUUGGGCUUUUGACGUCAAAUCCGUCGACUUCAGAGGUUAUGUCGAUCUCGGUAAGGGUAUUGAUGCAAGCUUGGUGUCGAGAUGGAAGUGGAUCGACCCAAAGACGAACCUGGACAUCAAGGGCAAGGGCAACACCCAAAAGAAGUUGACGGGUCCGUUCAAGGAUGACUUUCUGUUACACAAAGAUGGGGAGGUAGGGGAUGGAGAACAGUCCAUAUGCUCAACCAAAGCCUCAGCGAAGUUUCAGCUCAGUCUGUCGGUCUCAUUGUCAUCCACAGUGUCGACUUCAAAUGGCCAUGUAAAAGGAGAUUCAGCGGAUGCGGCUUUUGGCGAAGUCCUCAAUCUUGGGUGGAGGAAAUGCUAG